AUGACUGCGGAGGUGGAGAUUAAUCCGUUUAGACCUGGUGGUGAACUUUCAAAGGAAGUGGAUGAUAUCCUGAAAAACUCUACUAUUUCAAGGGAUACGAUAAUUAUCAAUGAUCCAGCGUUGCGCCGCGCCAACGGAAAUGCGACAUCUGUAGACGGGAUUAUAUCCAAUAAUGUUCACACAAAAUGUGCUGAAUCACCUUUCAAAUCCCAAACGUCCAAUGGUCUCAGUGUUACCGAUCGUUCUCCACAUCCACCUGGUCUAGUAACGUGCGAGGUGGUAUCUCAACAUAUACAACCACUUCAAAUGAAGCUAAUAAACAUAAGUAAAAACUAUCCCGUUGACAAUCUGAUGAAAUAA